AUGGAUGUUGAGAUGGCAAAUCUAAAAGCCAAUGUGAAUAAUCUGUCACACUGUUUACAUGCCCUAUUAAAACGCAUUGAGCAGCUGGAAGGUACCACCAAUUCAAAUACUGAACAUUAUUAUUUUACUAAUAAUACGCCAAAAACGAUGAAUGGUACGGCUGAUGAACGAAUUUUACUGAAUGAUAUUAAGGAAAGAAAUAAUGAGGAUUCCGAUAUAAAGGUAGUUUCUAAGGAAACAGUAACAGAAGAUCCGGAAACGGGCACAAAGAAACGUACAGUGAUAACGGAACGAGUAGUUACAACCAAAACAUUUCAUAUCUUGCCGAUCGUUGAUGAUCUGAAUCAAUCAAUGACAAUGGUUAAUGAAACAGCAAUAUCUCGUCCUGAUAAAUCAAAAAUGUCUAGUACCACGGGAUUAACUUAUAAAGAUGGUGAAAUAUCAUCUCUUUUGUCAUCUGAACUGUCACCUAUAACAACCACACGAGUAAUACAAUUUAAUCAUAAUCCAUUCCAUGAUAUUGAUUACGAUCGAGUUGCCAAUUUGAUCAUCGUCACCCGAGUGAGGCCUGCCACCGUCAAAGAAAUCCGUCCAGGCGAUGCGAUCGUUGAAAUCAAUGGGAUACCUGUCAAUGAAAUAAGAAGUUUAACAGAAUUAAAUGAUAGCAUAACAUUGAGAAUGAUGCCAGCACCUUUACAUCAAGGCCCAUCAGUUUAUUAUCGUGCAGCAUUGGAUUAUAAUGGUUUAAAUGAUAGUCGUGCGCCAAUUAAUUUCAAUGUCCUAAAUUUGAAAAAAGGUGAUAUUAUCCAAGCAUUCAGUAAGGAUUCUAAUUGGAUUCAGGGCCGAAAAGUAAAUGAUCUAAAUCAAACGGGUUUGUGUCCGGUAAGUAUACUUGGUGAGCAGGUUUCAAUGCUUUCUCCGUAUGGUCGUCGGGUUGUGGUACUGUUGGGUGUUCCAGGUGUUGGGCGCAGAACUCUCAAAACGAUGCUUCUGAAUCAUUUGCCGCAAUACUUCGGAACCGCUACUCCCUAUACUUCGCGAGUUCCAAAACCUAAUGAGCUAGAAGGUCGCGAAUAUUAUUUUCGAACGAAGGAGGAAAUAUUAGAGAGAAUCCGAGCCGGUGAUAUGAUUGAAUGGGGUGAAUUGGAUGGACAACUUUACGGCACCAGCCUGGAAACAAUACGAAGUUGUAUUCGAAGCGGACGAGUUUGUUUGUUGGAUUGUGCGUCGCAAGCUUUACGACAUUUAUACAAUGCAGAAUUUAUGCCACUUGUUGUGUUAAUUGCUCCUCCAGAAAUUGACGAUUUUCGACGAAUAAAUAAACUUCGAUUGCAACCUUACACUGAAAAGCAAAUGGAAAGUUAUAUUCAGGAAAAUAAAGAAUUGAUGGAAAGUAAUUAUGCUGAAAUGUUUCAUAUUGUUUUAGUGAACAGAGAUUUGGACGACACUUUCAAAAGAUUGCUGGAGAUUUUAAAUAAAUUGAGAGAUGAAGUGCAGUGGAUACCGGAAGCUUGGCUACGUCGAAGAUAA